GAGAGACUGCGGUGGAUCAGCUGAGCGAAGCCCAGUGGAGAAUCACAGCAACGCGACUCUUGUAAAAAUUCUGCGCUUCGCUUUACUGUAGUAUGGCAUCCAGGAGAAUGGAGACUAAACCAGUGAUAACCUGCCUCAAAACCCUCCUCAUCAUCUACUCCUUUGUGUUCUGGAUCACAGGGGCCAUCCUUCUUGCGGUUGGAGUAUGGGGAAAGUUAAUGUUGGGACCUUACAUCUCCCUGAUCGCUGACAACUCCACCAAUGCUCCGUACGUUCUGAUCGGGACCGGUACCACCAUCAUCGUCUUCGGCCUGUUCGGGUGCUUCGCCACCUGUCGCGGAAGCCCAUGGAUGCUCAAACUGUACGCCAUGUUCCUGUCCCUGGUGUUCCUGGCAGAGCUGGUGGCCGGCAUCUCUGGCUUUGUGUUUCGUCAUGAAAUAAAGGGCACCUUCCUGAGGACAUACAAUGAUGCAGUGCAGAACUAUAAUGCCCAGGACGAGAGGAGCCAGGCUGUGGACAAUGUCCAGACCAGUUUGCGUUGCUGCGGAGUGCUGAACUACACCAGCUGGUACACUAGCAUCUACUUCCCGGCUAACGGCUUCCCGGUCAGCUGCUGUGCUAACAUGUCCGACUGCAACCCCCAGGACCUCCGCAACGCCACCAUCGGCCCCACCAAGGUGCACCAGCAGGGCUGUUAUGAGUUGGUGACCUCCUUCAUUGAGACCAACAUGGGCAUAAUUGCAGGCGUGGCAUUUGGGAUCGCCUUUUCACAGCUGAUUGGCAUGUUGCUGGCCUGCUGUCUGUCGCGGUUCAUCACUGCUAAUCAGUAUGAGAUGGUGUAACAGUGAGGCUGUGGAGCAGUGAAGAGGAGGCAUACGUCACCUUUGGAGACCGACGGGAGGACGGACACUCCCAGAAUGCUAGCACACUCCAUCUUCGUAUUUCUUUUCUCUCUUUCUCUUUAUCCCUCUGCCCCUUCACCCUGGACUUCUCCCUCUCUCCCUGCAUUUCUCUCUCCGUCUAUCUCUCUCUCUCCCUUGUAAAUUAUUGUAGUGCAUCAUUCCUUGACAUGCGGUUGUGCCAUGAAAACAAGCUUUCAGGAUCUUCACAGAAGUGAAAUGAGCAGACGAGCGCAGGCGGAGGCCUGGUUUCCAUUCUCAGCGAACAGGAUGUGCAUGCAGCACGGGCACUCUUCACACCGCCAUUUCAUUUACAAACAUUAACCGUAUUUCUAAGAAAACGCAGUAAAAAACUUGACAAAAUAAAACUAAAAGCAGCUUUAAUAUGUUUGCUUCCCAUCUUUGCGAAACUUAGUUAAAUAAAUAUGGUGAUACAUAUACAUAUUUACAUAGAUACUUGAAAAUGUAAAAGGAUAAAUUAUUUUCAUUUUUAAGACAUGACAUUUUAAGGGAGCUGUAGUCCCUGAUGUAAUAUUACAGGCUUCUUUUUUUCCUCUUUUUGACAUGUAUUGCAUCUGCUUUUUGCUGCUACGGUAUGAGGAUUAUAUUUUCAGCACCCAGUUUCAGCGUUAAUACUGCUCAAAAUGAACUGUGCCAGUUGCUUUAAGUGGAUGUGUUUGUGUUGCUUUUUCAAAAACUUGUUUUUCUGUGUUCAGUUUAGUCCGAUACUCAGUGAGCUCUGCGAUUCUGCCCCAUUCCCUCUAUAUGUGUUUUGUUUUGUUUUUAAUGAGAUAACUUUGGGUUUAGACUUUAGACUAUUCUGCACUGCUUAUUUGAUACAGCCUUCAUUGGUUCAAGGGCAUGCAUCAUUUUUCGAGGCCGCUGUACCAGUCUUAAUCAAAAUAAUGAACUAUUCAGUCUUGCACAGUUCUUGUACACACACACGCAUAUAGUGUACAUACACGUAUCACACAUUACGCACACAUAAAUAUUGUACAUGCAGGCACACUCUCAGAGCUGACCUCUACGCUGUGUUUCAGCUAUGGUUGGAGGCCUGACACUUCUGUACACUACACACUCAAAUAUACUUUACUUAAAAAACUACACUAUCCUCUGUUCAUUGUCUACACCCACCCCCAUGUACAUUGUAUAUUACUGUAAUCUGUAUAGCUUUCAGUGAACAGGAGAAUCUCCUUGCUCUGGGUUUGAUUAGAGACAAUGUUAUUCACGGGAUCUACUGAGAAAAGACAUCAGGAUCUUUGCAUUGAGCAAUGGUGGGACCCGAGAGAGGCACAGAGAGGGGGGGCA